GACGCGCUGCCUGGUUGGCUGGGUGGGAGGUGGGGGGUGCCGCGGAUUGGUUCCGGCCGCCAGCUCUGCUGUGUAGCUCGCCGGGUCCCCAAGCCGGCGGCCUCAGGGAUGGACGAGACGAGCCCACUAGUGUCCCCCGAGCGGGCCCAACCCCCAGAGUACACCUUCCCGUCGGGCUCCGGCGUUCACUUCCCGCAGGUUCCGGGGGGCGCAGUCCGCGUGGCGGCGGCGGCCGGCUCCGGCCCCUCUCCGCCGGGCUCUCCGGGCCACGACCGCGAGCGGCAGCCGCUGCUGGACCGGGCCAGGGGCGCGGCGGCCCAGGGCCAGACCCACACUGUGGCAGCCCAGGCCCAAGCGCUGGCCGCCCAGGCUGCGGCGGCAGUGCACGCCGCGCAGGCCUCCCGCGAGCGGAACGAGUUCCCCGAGGAUCCGGAGUUCGAGGCGGUGGUGCGGCAGGCAGAGGUGGCCAUCGAGCGCUGCAUCUUCCCCGAGCGCAUCUACCAGGGCUCCAGCGGAAGCUACUUCGUCAAGGACCUUCAGGGGAGGAUCAUCGCUGUCUUCAAACCCAAGAAUGAAGAGCCAUAUGGGCACCUUAAUCCUAAGUGGACCAAGUGGCUGCAGAAAUUGUGCUGUCCCUGCUGCUUUGGCCGUGACUGCCUUGUCCUCAACCAGGGCUAUCUCUCAGAGGCAGGAGCCAGCCUGGUGGACCAAAAACUGGAACUCAACAUUGUACCCCGUACAAAGGUGGUAUACCUAGCCAGCGAAACCUUCAAUUACAGUGCCAUUGACCGAGUGAAGUCCAGGGGCAAGCGGCUCGCACUAGAGAAAGUGCCAAAAGUUGGGCAGCGAUUUAACCGCAUUGGGCUACCUCCAAAGGUUGGUUCAUUCCAGCUCUUUGUUGAGGGCUAUAAAGAUGCAGACUAUUGGCUGCGGCGUUUUGAAGCAGAACCUCUCCCUGAGAACACCAACAGGCAACUACUGCUACAGUUUGAGCGAUUGGUAGUAUUGGAUUAUAUUAUCCGCAACACCGAUCGAGGCAACGACAACUGGCUGAUUAAAUAUGACUGUCCAAUGGAUAGUUCUAGCUCUCGGGACACAGACUGGGUGGUGGUGAAGGAGCCUGUCAUCAAGGUGGCGGCCAUAGACAAUGGGCUGGCGUUCCCACUGAAGCACCCUGACUCCUGGAGGGCCUAUCCUUUCUACUGGGCCUGGUUGCCCCAGGCUAAAGUUCCGUUCUCCCAGGAGAUCAAAGAUCUGAUUCUUCCAAAGAUAUCGGACCCUAACUUCGUGAAGGACUUGGAGGAGGACCUGUAUGAGCUAUUUAAGAAAGAUCCUGGUUUUGACAGGGGCCAGUUCCAUAAGCAGAUUGCUGUCAUGCGGGGACAGAUCCUAAACCUGACACAAGCACUGAAAGACAACAAGAGUCCCCUGCACCUCGUCCAGAUGCCGCCUGUGAUCGUGGAGACGGCCCGCUCCCACCAGCGGUCUGCUAGCGAGUCCUACACCCAGAGCUUUCAGAGUCGGAAGCCCUUCUUUUCAUGGUGGUAGCCCUGCAGGCAGGUGAAGGCAAGCCUGUGUGAGGUGCACACAGGCAUCCAGGUGCAGGGAAGCCCGAGAAGCCGGUGGGGAGGAGCGCCUCCCUGAGCCCUCCCUCUGCUCGCCACGCCCUUCGGGGCUUUCCACCCACCCACAGGGAGAAGCACAGCCAGGCAUGGGAGUGCUUCUGAGCCCUGCCAAGUGCUGGGGACAUACAGUUAAAGAUAAGGAGUCCAGGUGGUUAGGAGGAGCAGCUCCCUUCCAGCAUCUCGUGAUGGCAGGCUGGGAAAGUCUCUCCCUCCCUGAUGCCCUACUCCAUCGCAAUUCCCUGUUAUAUUCUGCAUCAGAAAAAGAGCCACAUUUUAAAUGCUUGUAGCAGAAUCCAGAGCCUCUCAUAUCGUAAGCAUUCAACCCAGACCUACAUUUGCGUAGACCCAGGCCUUUGGGUGCGCGGUGGUUGCACACUUCUGGGAACGGACGGGGCAGAAGCCCACGGGGUGGCUACAGUGCCGGGACAGAUGGGAACCACACUUCCUUUGGGUUUUUGCCAAAUCUUCCCCUGUGCUUCCUGUCAGUGUGGUGGUGGGCUUCCCUUGGCGGGCAGCUUUUGCCCUGCAACCUCCAGAACCUCCAUCUGCAGAACCUCCUCUCUGCCUUGUUACAGUUUUCCUGUCACUCAAGCAUAGGUGUGAGGAACUGAUCAUACUGAUUCUGGUUUUGCUUUUCUCCCCCCUGGUAUUGGGGCUCAAAUCUCCCAAAACCAGGGGCAUCCUAAACUGAGCUAUCGCCUCAGCCCUUUUUAUCUUUUGACAUAGGGUCUCACUAAGUUGCAAGUUGAACUUGUGAUGCUCCUGCCUCAGCCUCCCUUAGUGCUGGGAUUAUAGGCAUGCGCCGCUGUGCCCCAGUGUUCUCUUUGAAUAGGUGGCUAACACCCAGCAUGUGCAGGCGAUCCACAUGGCCUAGUGCUUGCUGGGACUGUAAGUAAUCUGUAGGGCUUUUACCCUAGGCCUGCUUCUUGAGUCUUUAGUUACAGUUCUCUAAUUUCUAUUCUAAGUAUUUUUCCCCCAUCUUUUUUUUGACUUAGGAGUUCAGUUUAGGUUCUAGAGUAGGUUUCUUUGAGGAGUCUGGGGGGGGGUCUCAGCUCUUAAGAGGACAGGCUGUCUGGCCCUUGGACUCCUGUAUGUGCCACCACUGCUGCUUGGAAGCGGCAGCACUUGUCUUCUGCCUCCUAGUCCUCUGCUCCCUGGCUUCUUGUCCGGGCUGGAUUUUCCAUGGCUCUCGGGCAAGGCAGGGCCCAAAGGAGAGAGGCCUUCAUCCUGUCCCGGUGCCUGCCUACUCGGUGUACAUCUUGCUUCCACGUGUCUUUUCCCUCACCUGCUCCCCUUGCUGGAUGUUUGAGUCCUUUCUACACCAAAGCAAAGAAUGGCCUCAGGAGGGAGUAAAAAGGAUGCCACCUGCUGCUGAGGGGCAGCUGUGUUCUUAUGCUGUGGACACUUCGCAGUUCUGGGACCCUGCGAUUGGUCAAUCAGCCUUGAAAAAAAACUAUUUUGAAGAUUUGAAAAAACAACCAAAGAAAGGGAGUAAGGGCUGUGGCUGUGUCCCCUGCUUACACGGCUUCCUCUAUCCAGGAGACAGAGCAGAGACUUGCAGCUCUCCAGCACCUGGGCCAGGCCACUUCCCAUCCAUUCCAGCUCCCAGGAGCCGGCUUGUCCUGGGCUUGCACCCAGCUGUCAGCACACCCAGUCUCUGAGCACUGGAGGCGCAUGUCUGGACAGAGUCACUGUUCCCCCAUGUGCCCCGCCCUGACAAUCGCAUCGUGCCCACCUCAGUUCUGGCCUGGGGAGCCAUGUGUGAGAGCAUCUUGCCUUCUGAGUGCAGGAGGUACUUGGUGUUUUACCAGCCACGUCGGUACUGUCCUGUUCCAGAUCAGCCCCGUGGCCAGGAGGACGUUGGGUCCACUGUGAGAGGGAGCCCGUCCCGGGCCUGGUGAGCGAGGGUAGGGGAUCCUUUCCCGUCUCCUCUCUCCCUUGAAGCCUGUACUCAGGUUGCCUUGAAUGUGGAUUUUGGAGGACCCAAGGACACCAUGUGCCAGGGCAGGCUUCUGGUAGCACUCCCAGAACGGCCAGCCAUUGGCCUGUCCCCUCUCAUUAGGGAGUGGAGGCUGGGCUGGGCUGUGAGUGCUGCUGCCCCAUAUCGUUCUUCUAAUGCACUGUAGAAACUGUAUGUAAUGUAUUUAAGUCAAUGCAAAUGUAUGAAUAAUAAAUCCAAUUCUCACCUUUU